CUCAACUGCUCCUCAAACCCUCAACUAACCCUUGUUUCUUCUCCAUUUCUCACACUCAUCACAUUUUCUUCCAUCAGAAACGAAUCAUGGAUAAAGAAAUUCCUAACAAUGUUUCGCGUAAGGAUUUCCCUCCUAACUUUCUAUUUGGUGUUGCAACUUCUGCUUACCAGGUUGAAGGAGCUAGUAAUGAAGGAGGCCGAGGUGAUAGUAUUUGGGAUGUUUUUGCACGCACAAAAGGAAAUAUCUUAGAUGGAAGUAAUGGGGACAUUGCAGUUGAUCAAUAUCAUCUCUACAAGGAAGAUGUCGAACUUAUGUCCAAGCUGGGAUUUGGGGCUUACCGCUUUUCUGUUUCAUGGUCUCGUAUUUUCCCUGAUGGUUUGGGAACAAAGGUCAAUGAGGAAGGAAUUGCCUACUACAACAAUCUCAUUAAUGCUCUGCUUGAUAAAGGUUUGCAGCCGUACUUAACAUUAUAUCAUUGGGAUCUACCUAACCAUCUUCAAGAGUCAGUGGGAGGAUGGUUAUCCGACAAAAUUGUAAAAUAUUUUGCAAUAUAUGCUGAGACCUGCUUUGCGAGUUUUGGGGACAGAGUAAAACAUUGGAUCACAUUAAACGAACCUCUUCAAACUUCGGUAAAUGGACAUGAUAUCGGGAUAUUUGCUCCUGGAAGAAGUGAAAAUUCUUCUACUGAACCAUAUUUGGCUGCACACUAUCAACUUCUGGCACAUGCAGCAGCUGUUUCCAUAUACAAGAAAAAGUUUCAGGCUCAGCAAGGUGGUGAAAUAGGAAUAGUAGUGGAUUGUGAAUGGGCAGAGCCUUUUUCGGACAAGAUGGAGGAUAGAAUUGCUGCUGCAAGGCGUCUUGAUUUUCAUUUUGGAUGGUACUUGGAUCCAAUAUAUUUUGGCGACUAUCCUAAGACCAUGCGUGAGAAACUUGGAGAUCGGCUUCCAAAAUUCUCAGAUGAAGAUAGAGAGUUACUAAGGAACUCGGUAGACUUUCUGGGUAUAAAUCACUAUACAACAAGGUUAAUUGCUCAUGCAACAACAAGCCCUGGGUAUGGGCAUCAUUAUCAAGAUCAACAAAUGAAACAAAUUGUUGAAUAUCCUGGGGGUGAGUCUAUUGGCGAGAAGGCUGCAUCUGAAUGGCUCUACAUAGUUCCUUGGGGGAUCCGUAGUCUACUGAAUUAUGUUGCACAGAAAUAUCAUAAUCCCAAGAUAUACAUUACUGAGAAUGGAAUGGAUGAUGAAGACGAUCCAAAAGCUCUUCUCCAUGAGAUGCUAGAUGAUAAAAAGAGAGUUGGGUACUACAAGGGGUACCUUGCUGCAAUAUCCCAAGCAAUCAAGGAUGGAGUGGAUGUGAGGGGGUACUUUGCAUGGUCUUUCUUGGACAACUUUGAAUGGGCUCAAGGCUACACCAAACGUUUUGGAAUUGUUUACGUCGAUUACAAGAAUGGACUCUCCCGGCACCCCAAAUCUUCUGCACUUUGGUUUUCUCGUUUUCUCAAAGGCGGUGAAGGAAAGACUAUCAAGGAAGAGUGAUUUUUUCUAUAUUAGAGCUAACCCAUUUCUGAAAAAAUUCAUCUACUGGGUUUUAGAAGUCUUAGAAUUUGAGAGUUGUUGCAUGCUUACGCACUUAAAUAGACAAUGAGAGUGCAUGUAGGACCGUCCGCAGCUGCUCAGACAGUGCUUGGAGCUUACAUCACUCGGAAAAGGUUGACUGUGAAUUAGCGGAGUUCUCUUUAAACGCUGAAAUCUUACACAAUUGAUUGUUUUUGUACAAGCAACUCUUUAAGUAUCCAAAUGAUUGAGCCUGUCUGGGUACACGGGGACUCACUCGGCUUUGAUAUCCUGUUCCAUAGAGGCUAAUUUGGCAUUUGAUUCAUGUUGUUGCUUUCUUGAUCUUCGGCAAAAGUCCUAGUCAUGUUUUGUUGUUUGAUGCCUUAUUCAGAUUGCAACACAGUUAUAUUUCUUCUUUC